AUGUCGCUCGGCCGUGUGUCGGAAAAGAAGCUAACCGUGCCUUCGCUGGUCAAAAAAUCGAGCAAGAACCGCUCGUUCUACUUUCGCUACUUGGAGCUGUGUCGCGCCAAGAGCUUGACUCCAGUUCCCGAAAUUCGUAGGAAAUGCCAUGAGAUUAGCUCCUUGGAGCUCAACGCCGACAAGCUGAACGUGAGUGACUGGCUGCAGAUCAACGAGGCGCUGCACAAUGAUCUCUGCCUGAAGACUCUGGUGCUGCGGCUGCAGCGCUCCUAUGAACCAAAUGCAAUCGCUCCCAUUGACACGGAGAAUCGGGCACGUCUCUUUAAACAGCGCCCCGUGGUGUUCACGCGCUUUAUUUUCCGUGGCCUCGUCCAGUCAAUCGCCAAUUGUGUGACGAGCAACAUGAAUCUCACGGAGCUCAGGCUGGAGGGUCUGCCCCUUCAUGAAGGUUACAUCGAGUGCAUUGCCAAGUCGCUAGCCGCGAACAAAGGCUUGGAGAUGUUGAGCUUCCGCAGGUCUCCCAUUGGGGACAAGGGCUGCGAGUUGGUCUGCAAUAUGGCCAAGUCCUUCCAUCGCAUUGAAUUAUUCGAUCUCUCCGAGUGCUGCAUCACCUGCAAGGGGGCUGUUCAUGUGGCUGAAAUGAUCAAGAUGCAAAAAGUAUUCCGAUGGGAGCAGGCCCCCCAAGAUGAGUCCAUGUUGGGCUUGAGCACGCUCCUGCUCGCCAACAACCCCGAUAUGGGAGACGAAGGACUCCAAGGGAUCGCCGAAAUGCUGAAGGAGGGUGCCUGGAUACAGGUCGUGGACGUGCAGGACUGUGGCCUGACUGACGUUGGAGCUAAUUUAAUACUCGAGUGUCUGAACCAGAACAUUUCCAUCACGGAGUUCAAUGUGCGCAAUAACGAGGGAAUUAGCCAGCUUUUGCACCGCAGCAUUCGCAACCACCUGGCCACCACAGAAGUCGAGAAGAGGCAGCAGUCGGAGGAUGAUGGCAGCGUGCCCAAUGGCAAACAGUUCACUAUUGACCAGCUGACCGCGAUCACCAAGGAACUCGAGCAGCAGCUCUCCCUUGAGCGGGCACUACGACAGAAGGCCGAAGCGAUGUACACAAAGCUCAACGAUAAACUGUUGACCAUGGCUGGCCACAAACCCAGUGAUAAGGAGGAGCAGGAACACGGUAGCCGAUCCGAGGUGCAAGCCAACCACACCAACAUGCCCGAAGAAUAUCUAGAAAAUAUGUCAGAAGAUCCCAUAGAGUUUGGUUCGAUGCUCUUCCCCAGCUUGGAAAUGCCUCCUUGCAGCAACUUGUCGUCUCCGCGCAGCAACUUGUCGUCUCCGCGCAGCGAUAGCUCAGCGUUGUGUGAUGACGAGGAAUCUGAGGCACAGUAUGGCCAAUCAGAUUUGCUGGAAGUAAAGCAGGUUCGAUGUUUCAGGAAGAAGCUGAAGGCCCCACGGGAUCAAGUGCGAAAGGUGCGCAGCGAGAUGCAAAACGAAGAGUGCAAAGGGAAGGCAGAAAAUAAGAAUCACGAGUCAAAAUCGGAAAACGAAAUCGCCAACAAUCGCCACUACAAGCUCACCCCGAUGCAUGAAGUCGAGCAGGACAUUGGGGUUAGUAUUCUGGUAGCCGAGAAACAACGUCCGUGUGGUCGUAACAAAUCGAUGGACAAACCAAUGCAGUAAUUCGAGCAGGACAUGAUGAUCAAGGGCGGCCCUAAGCAA